CUCUCUCUCUCUCUCUCUCUCUAUAUCUCUAUCUAGAAUACAUUUAUUAAACACACACAGAGUGAUACUAUGGAGUGAAAUGCAGUGUUAUUGAAGAUCUGGUCAUUUUCAACAUCGGAGUUUUAAUUAAUGGGCCUUACUUCUCUGCAAGUUUGCAUGGAUUCAUCUGAUUGGCUACAGGGCACAAUGGACGAGGAGAAUGGAAUGGAUUCAUCCUCACCAUCUGGGGACAUUCUGACAUGCUCAAGGCCUAUGAUAGAGAGGAGGCUUAGGCCUCCCCAUGACCAAGCCCUCAAGUGCCCUAGGUGUGAUUCAACACACACCAAGUUCUGUUACUACAACAACUAUAGCCUCUCUCAGCCAAGGUACUUCUGCAAGACUUGUAGAAGGUACUGGACAAAAGGUGGGACACUGAGGAACAUCCCUGUGGGUGGGGGUUGUAGGAAGAACAAGAAAGUUUCUUCCAAGAAAUCAUCACCAAAUGACAAUCAUCAGUCCAACAACAAUAAUAUUAUGAUUAAUCAAAACCCCGGAUCCUCGUCCCACAACCCGACCGAUCUUCAGCUGUCGUCGUUCCCUGCGGAGGUGCAGUUCUCACACCUCGGAGACCUGAUGGGGAACCACCACCAUGGUGGUCUUGGAAACCCUAGUUUCAUGGAGAGCAAGUACAAUGCCAUGCUUGAAAACCCAAGGGCUAUUGAUUUCAUGGAGAGUAAGUAUCAUGAGGGUAUUGUGGGGAAUUCAAGGAACUACAAGUUCUUAGGGAGUGGUGAAUUGGGCUUUAUGAGUGGGCUUGGUCAUGACAUGAGUGGUCACACUCAUGGGUUGGCGCCAAACUUUCAUGGGCUUUGCUCUCCAUUUGGAAUGUCACUCGAUGGGAAUAGUAGUGGGCCUUUCAUGGACACUUGUACUCAAAGGUUGAUGCUUCCAUAUGAAGCAACAAUGGGUGAUCAUCAGGGACAAAAUGCAAUGGAUGUGAAGCCAAACCCUAAGCUUCUGUCCCUUGAUUGGCAAGACCAAGCUUGUUCUGAUGCUGGGAAGGACCCUAGCUCUUUUGGGUAUUUCACGGGCCUCGGUCCGUGGACUGCGGGCUUGAUGAAUGGUUAUGGAUCAUCCACAACAAACCCAUUAGUCUAAACUAAUCAGAGGUCUUCUUGGCCUUGAUGAGUGCUGGUGUGGAUCAACAGAUGCUGUAGUUUAGACUCGGUUAACUACUUCUUUAAGUACUACUUAAUAUGCCUUUGAUGGAAAGGGUUUUUUUAGUGUUUCUUUCUGUGAAGGUUUUUUUUUUUUUUUUUUUUUUUUUCCAAUUAAUCUUUGAUUGACUUAAACAAGCAGUAGUGUGAAUGAGGAAUGUGAGAGUCUAAAAAUGACUGUUUUUUUUUUUUUUUUAGUUAGUGCCUUAAUGUUGUUCUCUAUCUUAAUUUUCAUUAAUAUAUAUGAUUUUAUUUCGGUGUUCUC